AUGAGCGAUUCCGCGCCGGACCCGGGCACCCGGCCGACGUCGUUCGUCGCGCGCAUCGAGGACGGCGCGAUCAUCGUCGCGCUCCUGCUGCUGGCGAUCGUGCCCACGGCGCAGGUAAUCACCCGCCUGCUGUUCGACGCCGCCCUGCCAAGUGCCAACGACUACAUCAAGCAUCUGGUGGUCUGGGUCGCCUGUCUGAGCGGCCUCGUCGCCACGCGUGAGCGCCACCACCUGUCGCUGAGCGCCGGUCUGCCCAAGCUGCCCUCCCCCUACGACCGCUGGGCCGUGCUCGCCGCCACGACCAUCACCGUCGCCGUCACCACCGCGAUCACCGUCAGCGCCGCUUCGUUUACCCUGAUCGGCUUCGAUCCUCACGCACGGGUCGGGGUGCUGCCCAAGCGGGCGGUGCUGGCGAUCCUGCCGAUCGGCUUCGGGCUCAUGGCGCUGCGCACGGCGGUCGCCUCCGCCCGGCCGAAGGAGCAAGACCGUUCGGGAUCGGCGGGAAUCGCGGCAGCCGUGCUCGGCGGUGUGCUGGGCACGGUCUUUGCGCUCCAGCCGCUGGUCACCCUGAUCAUCGAACUCUCCUGGGAGAUCGGCUCGGGGCUGCCGGCGCUGGAGGCUCCGCUCCUGGAUCUUGCGGACACCGUGAGCGGCACGGUGCGGUCGCUGCGGGUGCCGCUGUUGAUCGUCAUGAUCGUCUCGGCCGUGGCCGGCGUGCCCAUCUUCGCCGUGCUCGGCGGCAUCGCGCUGCUGAUGUUCGCCUCCAACGGCGUGCUGGAGACGGUCCCGGACGAGGCGUACGUGAUGCUCAUCGGCGCGCACGUGCCGGCGCUGCCGCUGUUCGCGGUGACCGGGUUCGUGCUGUCGGAGAGCGGCGCCGGGCGGCGGCUCAUCGAGCUGUGUACCGCCGUGUUCUCCCGGUUCCGGGGCGGCCUGAUCAUCGCCGCGACGCUGAUCUGCGCCUACUUCACCACCUUCACGGGAGCCUCCGGGGUGACCAUCCUUGCCGUCGGCGGGCUACUGGCGGCGCUGCUGGCGCAGAGCGGGUUUCGCAAGGACCUGUCCACCGGGCUGCUGACCGCCUCCGGCAGCAUCGGCCUGCUGUUCCCGCCCAGUCUCCCGAUCAUCAUGUACGGCGUCGUCAGCCAGAACAACAUCAAGGCGAUGUUCGCCGGCGGCAUCGGGCCCGGCAUCCUCAUGGUGUUCGCGGUGAUCGCCUUCGCGCUGGUGCGUGCCCGGCGCAUGGCACGGAACUCCCCAGCCCCGGACGCGGCGCAGCCGCCGCGUGCGGCGCCGGCCGACGCCGGUUCGGGCGACCCCGUCCCGCUGCGGACGGUCGGCCGCGCGCUGCGCCACGCCGGCUGGGAGGUGGCGCUGCCGUUGAUCAUCCUGGGGCUGCUGUUCGGCGGCAUCACCACCCUGGUGGAGACGGCCGCGGUCGCGGUCGUCUAUCUGCUCGUGGUGCAGAUAUUCAUCCAUCGUGACCUGUCCGUGCGCGACCUGCCGCGCCUGUUCGCCAGGGCGGCGCCGAUCAUCGGCGGCAUCCUGGUCAUCCUGGGGGUAGCCAAGGCGCUGUCGUUCGCGAUCGUGGACGCGCAGGUGCCGCAGGCGCUGGUGCAGUGGUUCUCCGACCACGUGCGCUCGCCCUACACGUUCCUGAUCCUUCUCAACCUGACGCUGCUCAUCGCCGGCUGCCUCAUGGACAUCUUCUCUGCCAUCGUCGUGCUGGCGCCGCUGCUGAUCCCGAUCGGCCCUGUCCUACGGGCUGGACCCGACUGA